GGCGGGAGGUCAGCAGCACAGCAUGAGACUUCCUGGAGUCACAACGUCCGCUGAAAGUCACUCACUCUACCGGUCGCCGUUCACACACAGCAGCAGGGCCGGGCUCCGUGUACUGCAGGUUAGUGCAUCCGUCCAUCUUGCAAGUCCCGGACGUCACUCCGGUCCCAAGCAUCACAAUUUCUGGAAAGAAGGGGAUCGCACCAGAGGACCGGAGUAGGACAUCGGGGGCACCACUAGAACGCUGGAGCCCACUGUCUUCAACGCAACUCAGCCCUACCUGGGGAUGGGAUAUGAGGUUGGAAUAUGUAGACAGGAUAAAAGGACGAGAUACGAGGACGGAAUAUGAGGUUGGAUACGAGGGAACAGACUGAAGAGUACCCAAAUGACAUGAUGGAUGAAGAUACUGCACAUGGGAGUAAAGAUUGUGCCCAUGAGAACCUUGUCAGACCUCCAGGACAUCAGCCGUGUACUAAUGCACUUGAUAGCUCCCCCCUGCAUGACUCCAACCAGGACACUGACUCUCAGGAACAGUCAUCAGAACAUACUGAAAGAGAAAUUUCCAGCCUCACUCAGGAAAAUGUAUUUGGAGAUUUAGACAGUGUAGAUGAGACAUUAUCAGAUGAUGACGGAGGUUUUCGAGGUCUGUCUGCCCUUCCUGUGGAGAACAGCGCUGUCCGGAGAGCCCUGUGUGCACGCUGCAGUCGUCCUGAGAAGGUGUGCCUGUGUCCUUUCCUGCCGGCUCAUCCCCUCAGUGUUUCCACAUGUUUAUACAUUGUUCAGCAUCCAGCAGAGGAGAGUAGAGUCCUUCGGACAGUCCCCCUUUUGGCAGCUUGUCUACCUGAAGACAAGUGUAAGGUCUUAAUUGGUCGGCGUUUUGGAGAAGAAAGAUAUCCAGAACUAGCAGCCAUUUGCAGGAAACCUGGUACUUUUCUCCUUUAUCCUGGAGCUGAGGCAGCUAAUUUGGAAGAGCUGUCCCUAGAAGACAAUCAUCACCCACACUCCCUCAUCAUAAUAGAUGGCACAUGGAGUCAGGCCAAAGACAUAUUCUACAAAAAUUCUCUUUUUCGGCUGCCAAAGCAGGUGCAGUUGAAAACCACUAUUUCAAGCCAAUAUGUCAUUCGAACACAGCCAACUAACACUUGUCUUUCUACCUUGGAAUGUGCUGCAAUUGGACUUUCAAUAAUGGAAAAAGAUACAGAAAUUCAGCAGACCAUCCUCCGCCCUCUUCAGGCACUGUGCACUUUCCAGCUACAGCAUGGUGCUCAGAUUCAUCACAGCAAGGAACAACUGCUUAAAAAUGGCCAGUAUAAGAAACCCAUGCCAAAGAAUAAACGCAAGAUCAAGAAGAUGGAGCUUCUAGUUAACAAUGUUAAAAUUUAAUCAUUUUCUAUUCACUGCAUAAAAUAUGACAAACAUUUUCUUUGGUUUUUAAGCUCAUCCAACAUUCCCUUUAAUAGUCACCUGGGACUGGUCCUUGUCAAGUGACUUAUGAAGUCCUGGCUUUUCUUUGAUGGAUGUUUUUAUUGUAUAUCACUGAUCAUAACUUUUACUUUUUAAAAAUAAAAUUUUGUAAACUAUUUUGCAGUUCAGUAAA